GUCUUAAUCCUUGUUCUUUGGAUUCGGUUUCCGAUGUCUGUCACUUCAAGCUGGGCUCAGGGCUGGCUGUCUCCAACAGGCCAAUGUGACGGUACAUAUUUAGUUCGGUCAAUAAGUGUCUGUUUUCGUUUUCCUGAGUUUGAGUAUCCGAAAAGUCAGUGUUAUAAAUUUCUUGUGGGGUAGAGAGUAGGACAGACGAAGACGGACUGAGAGUGAGUAUUAACUAGCUGUCGGUGUCCUUCCCCCAAUUAGAUAAGCUAAUUGGAAAGUCAUCCUCACUAACUCAAAGUACUGCACUGCUCGAUUUCCUUGGAUUGCCUGCAAAAAAUAAGAAGCCGAUAGUCAGGCUCAAAUCGAUCCCCAUUUCGCUUAAACAAUCCGAAAGAAUAAUCCGACACUGUAGCUCACAACAUCCUUCAAUUUACACACAUCCAAUCGAUUGUCAACUUCCCUUUACUGUUCUUCUUCCUGACCUGCCUCAGCGUCAGACUAUCGCCACAUCCAUCUCCCCUCGAUCAUGUCCGCCCCAGUCAGGGAUGUUCAUAACCAUCUUCUCUUUGAGGUUGCAUGGGAAGUCGCCAACAAAGUCGGAGGGAUCUACACUGUCAUCAAGACCAAGGCACCAGUGACCUGCCAUGAGUAUGGUGACCGAUAUUGCCUCUUGGGCCCGCUGGCUUAUAAAUCGGCUCCGAUGGAAGUAGAGGCUAUCGAGCCUGACACGCCCGAGAUGAGAGACUCGCUCCAGUCGAUGAAGGAGCGUGGGGUCAAGUAUCUCUACGGACGUUGGUUGAUCGAGGGCGGCCCCAGAGUCUUACUCUUCGACACCGGCUCCAUGAUGUCUCGGCUAGAUGAAUGGAAGACCGACUUGUGGAACCUCGCCGGGAUCCCGGCGCCCCCAAACGACAGUGAAACUAACGACACAAUCGUCUUCGGCUACUUGGUAGCGUGGUUUUUGGGUGAAUUCGCCUCCCGGGAAACUUCCAAGGCGAUCAUCGGACACUUCCAUGAGUGGCUUGCUGGGCUCGCCAUCCCUCUUUGCCGCAAGCGUCAAAUCGACAUCACCACGAUUUUUACGACUCACGCCACCCUUCUAGGCCGUUACCUCUGUGCUGGAUCCGUGGAUUUCUAUAACAAUCUUCAGUAUUUUGACGUGGAUCACGAAGCCGGUAAAAGAGGAAUCUAUCACAGAUACUGUGUCGAGCGCGCCUCAACACAUUGUGCGGAUGUCUUUACGACGGUUUCUCAUAUCACUGCAUACGAAAGUGAACAUUUGCUCAAGAGGAAGCCUGAUGGAGUGCUGCCCAAUGGAUUGAAUGUAGUCAAGUUUUCAGCAAUGCACGAAUUCCAAAACAUUCAUGCUAUCUCGAAGCAAAAGAUUCAUGAUUUCGUGCGCGGACACUUCUAUGGCCAUUAUGAUUUCGACUUGGAUAAUACACUUUACUUCUUUACGGCCGGGCGGUACGAGUACCGUAACAAAGGAGUGGAUAUGUUUAUCGAAUCUCUUGCUCGUCUCAACCAUAAACUCAAGACGAUGAAGUCCAAAAUCACAGUCGUGGCGUUUAUCAUUAUGCCAGCAGCGACUCAUUCCUACACAAUUGAGGCUCUCAAAGGCCAAGCGGUUACCAAGCAACUCCGAGACACAGUGACUGAAAUCCAAAACCGAAUCGGCAACAGAUUGUUCGAAAUGACGGCACGGUACACUGGCGAGAUUGGGACGGAAGUGCCCGACCCAUCGACUCUACUCUCUUCCGAAGACAAGAUCUUGUUGAAACGUCGAGUCUUUGCUCUCAAGCGGAACUCCCUUCCACCGGUUGUCACUCACAACAUGGCCGAUGAUAGUGCAGACCCUAUCCUCAAUCAAAUCCGUCGCGUUCAACUCUUCAAUGGUAGUCACGAUCGCGUGAAAGUCAUCUUCCAUCCAGAGUUCUUGAACUCUAAUAAUCCCAUCCUCGGCUUGGAUUACGAGGAAUUUGUGCGGGGAUGUCACUUGGGUGUAUUCCCAUCAUACUAUGAACCUUGGGGGUACACUCCAGCCGAAUGUACUGUCAUGGGAGUACCCAGCAUAACAACAAACUUGUCUGGUUUUGGUUGUUUCAUGGACGAGUUGAUAGAAAACCCCCAUGAAUACGGGAUUUAUAUUGUCGAUCGACGGAUGAAGUCAGUGGAGGACUCAGUGAAUCAACUGACUGAUCAGAUGUUAGAAUUCUGCACCAAGACUCGCCGACAAAGGAUCAACCAACGUAACCGGACCGAAAGACUCUCGGAUCUCUUGGACUGGAAGUCGCUCGGAUUGGAGUAUUCUAAGGCUCGACAGCUGGCGCUCAGAAGAGCGUAUCCAGACAGCUUUACUGCCGAAGAUAGUGAGUUCGAAUCAAGUUCGGCUAAGAUUGGUGCGCCCUUCAGCGCCCCUGGGAGUCCAAGGUAUAGAUCAGGAGCCAUGACUCCUGGUGACAUUGGCACGCUUACUGAGGAUCUGGAGGGGCUUGGGACGUCAGACUACAUGGGAAAUGCGCGUUGGGAUUCUACGUCGAGUGGCAACCGUGACGAAGAUAGCUACCCAUUCCCCUUGGUGAUGAAGCGCAGGACUGGCUCGGUCGGCGGUCCGUCUGGUCAAAGUACACCAGGCGCCAAUGGCAAUCCGCUCAAUGGGCCGGGCAGUCAAGCAAGUACGGCGGCCGCUGGCAAAGAGAGGUUGUUGAGCGAGGGCGACCUCAAGAAGGCCGAUGAAGCUUUGGUCAACUGUUAAAAGGCUCAAGCUCACUUCACCUUCUCAUGCCUCUAUGAUCAUCAUUAGGACACUUUCCUAGGUUGCUUUCUUCCGUUUUUUCCCUCAUUGCUUAUCUCACAAAAACCCCAUCUUGGGUUCGAAAGAACAAAAACCGGCUGUUAUCAAUUUGAAAAAACCAAUCGAAGGAUCAAGUCCAUCUAGAUUUCAUACAUCCAGAUAUACAACAUUCAAAUAAACCAAAAAAUCUAAAUCUGCAACUCUGGUAGAUGUAAUGUCCAGCUUUGCGUGAAACCCAAGAAUCACUUCUAUUAUUAUGUGCUGUUGUUGUUGUUUUUAAUUCCGUUGAUGAUUCACCCAUCAUGUUUCAUUAUACUUAUAUGUUGUUGUUAACUUUCAAGUACUACUCUGAAAUCUGAUUUCUCGUUUCUCUAUCUAGACCUACAAAGAAAAAAAAACAUAGCACAUCUUUAUGAUUUUUUAGAUCCAACAAUACUGACUGACAAACCAAAAAAAAAGAAAAGAAAACACGCGUUGUUUGUAUGUACUCUAUCAAUCUGAAUCCCUUCCUGAUCUCCUUUUUUUGUCCCUUCAUGUUUCCUCUCACACGUCCAUGUUUAGUUUGUUAGUUUCGUCAUGGUUUUCUUUUUUCUCUUUAUGGUUCAGUUCUUUUUUUUUUUCAGUGCUCGUGAUCCUCCAUCGUAUGUCUCGAUGUCCUCCUAUCUGAAGUCAAUAUAUAGUAUAACGAAGAGGUCUUUCGUUUGUCUUUCACAAAAAAACUGAUAGAUCGUCUUGACUCUCUCUAUGCUCCCGUAUCAUCAUGAUGGUUCGGGAACGUCAAUUUGUGACUGCUUUUUUCAUUAGACAUGUAUACCCUCGAGUAAAGGGUGGACUUGUCAGCUUUGGCCUGUUUGUAUCAUAUCCUAAGCUUUGAUCUCUGUGCUGUGGUUUUACAUCGGACUUCUU